AAAUUUUCUGUGAUUCCCUCCUCAUUUUCUCGAGGCAGAGCCAGAGUCGGCAACAACAGGCAGUGCAUGGAGAUUUGAGAUAAAAGAGGAGAGAAGAAGGGGUUGAAGGUGCACUGCUUUAUUAUACGGUAAUGGCUUAUUGACCCCAGACUCAUUCUUCUGUUGUAGACAUUCGUCUUUCUCUGCUCUUAACAACUACCAUAAAUAUCUCUCUCCCUGUGAAGACGAGAAAAGCCUUUAAAUAACGCGGGCGGCUAGCCAAAAAAAAGCCUUUAAAUAUUCGUCAAUGGCGGCCUGUCUCUUUUUUUCGCUUCUCAGCUCUAUCACUUUCCAAUUGUUCUAUCCUUUUCAUCUCUCUCCGUUUACACUUUCAUAUUUUCACAAAAUUUAUUAAAAAAAAACCCUAAUUCUCUCGAGUAUUCAAUUAAUGGUUCCGACCGACUGUCUUAUUUGAUUGAAAAGGCGGAAUCUAGGUUAUAGCGUGAGCGGCUUUGCCUGAAGGGGAGGUUUUCUUUGAUAAUGGAGGAGCCAGGGCAGAUAAAACGGGCAUUAAUUGAUACCACUGCUGGAGCACUUUCAGGUGCUAUCUCGCGCACAGUUACAUCGCCUCUUGAUGUUAUUAAGAUCAGAUUCCAGGUUCAACUGGAGCCCACAUCUUCAUGGGCUUUGGUUCGCGGAAAUAUGGCUGGACCAUCAAAGUACACCGGAAUGUUGCAAGCAGCAAAGGAUAUAUUUAGGGAGGAAGGUCUGCCGGGUUUUUGGCGUGGCAAUGUCCCAGCUUUGCUCAUGGUUAUGCCAUACACAGCUAUACAAUUUACUGUUCUACACAGAUUGAAAACUUUUGCAGCAGGUUCUUCAAAGUCAGAGAAUCACAUUCAGUUGAGUCCUUACCUCUCCUAUGUCAGUGGGGCAUUAGCAGGGUGUGCGGCUACAGUUGGAUCAUACCCAUUUGAUCUUCUUAGAACCAUAUUGGCGUCACAAGGUGAACCUAAGGUGUAUCCGACAAUGAGAUCUGCAUUUAUUGAUAUCGUCAAAACUCGUGGCUUCAGAGGUCUAUAUGCUGGUUUAUCACCAACACUGGUUGAGAUCAUUCCUUAUGCUGGCCUUCAAUUCGGCACCUAUGAUACAUUUAAGCGAUGGACGAUGGCCUGGAACCGCAACAGGUCACUUAAUGCAAGCUCGAUCAAUGUUGGUGAUAGCCUUUCAAGCUUUCAGCUCUUUGUCUGUGGUUUAGCUGCUGGGACAUGUGCCAAACUUGUCUGUCAUCCUCUUGAUGUGGUCAAGAAAAGGUUCCAGAUUGAAGGACUACAAAGGCACCCAAAAUAUGGUGCUCGAGUUGAGCACCGUGCUUACAAAAAUAUGCUUGAUGCUCUACAACGAAUCCUGCGGGCAGAGGGUUGGGCUGGUCUUUACAAGGGCAUUCUCCCGUCAACCAUCAAGGCUGCACCAGCUGGUGCUGUAACGUUUGUAGCUUACGAAUUUACAUCAGACUGGCUAGAGUCUAUUUUGACUUGAAACUAACAAUAUGUUUUUUUUUUUUUUUCUUGUUGCUAUUUGCUUUCUGUUUUCUUAAUUAUUGGAGUCAUCUCAUUCUUUUUCCAAUAAUCUCCAAACAAAAGGUCCCCCCAAAGAAGGAAGUGGGCUGUCCUUAUUGUUUCUUUUUGAUUUAGUCAUCGUAAUGUAUAAGCGUCUAGGUUCGUUAAUUUGUAGAGCAAAGGUAGUGAAGUUAAGAAUAGAUACAGGGAAUUUUUUUGUAUUGUUUCCACAAUUGACAAUAAUAUUUAUUUUUUUAUACUG